AUGGCCUCCGUCGUCACCACCCGCCCCUUCAAGCCUCUCCCCGUCGCCCAGGCUCUUGGGUUUGGAUUGAAGGCACGUUAUACCCCAGUGGAAAACGUUCCUACCCUCUUCGAUCACAAAUUCCUGGUCGACCGCUACAGCCCCAAGAGAGCCGCGGUGACAGAUUACUAUUCGAAACUGAAGCCAGACGUGCUUCGAUGGCGCGUUAUCUCCAAUGCCAGCGUCAAAAAAGUUCCCAAGGCCGUCCUGCGCAAUCGGCUCAAGCGUAGAUGGGCCAGCGCCUUUGCAGAAGCACUCAAAAAUGCUGGAUACUACCACAACGGGAGGAAACGUUCUGGGCCCAAGGACGGUGAAAAAUAUGUCGUUGGUCUCAAGGGCACUCUUGAAAUCCUGGUCUUCUCAGAGCGUGGCAUUACCUGUCCUCAUGGCGAGCUUGUCGGUGCAUGUGGAGCUCUUCUGAAGUCCCUACAACGAAAGAAACAGCAUUUGGAUAAAAUGAGUGUCGACCCUGCGGCAGAAAAGCCUCGAGAAGACGCUGCGGACACCGAAGGCAGUGAGAAUGUGCCGUCCUCCAUGUGGUCACUCUGGGGGGGACAACCCUCGUGA